AUGCCCUUUCCCCCUAGUUUCCGAGUAGUCGAGACAGGCUUCCAGCUUAAGGGUACAUUCUCCAACAGUACAGUCUUCCACUUCGAAGCGUACCGCACCCGUGAUCUCUGCAAGGACGGCGAGAGUGCAAACGACUUUAUCUAUAAGUCAGGCGAGGGCGAGGGCAAUGUCUUGCGUUAUGCCAGGCUAUGGGGCAACGUCGACGAUAGUCUUGACUGUGCACGUCCAGACCCCGAGAAAUCGCCCGCAAAACACAUCGUGCGCAACUCGAUGGCUUCCUCCAACGUGAAAAAGGGCUCCAUCUACCACGACAGCCUGGGCGAGCUGACCGUGGAGCGCACCACAGCGUAA